AACGCUGGGCGGAGCAACAGAAGCUGUUCUAAAGGGAACUUACAAGUAUAACUUUUAAAAGAACCAGAAGUAUGUGAGUAAGAGGCAGUUACGCGAUCAUGUUUUUGAAACUAAUUUAACAGGCAAGGCAACACUGGAGAUAACAAAAGAGGACCACAGGAGGAUUUGGGAAAGGUCACUUAUUAGAACCAGUUGACCUAUUUAAAUAACAGAACACUUGAAGCAGUAACCUUGAAAAAAGCGGUAGCUGCUGGAAAUGAAAUGAGAGGUAGUUUCUAAAGCAAUGCUUUUUGGCGGACUUAAAAUCGCACUUUUUUCUGAACAGGUGAACAAUGUGGGAUUGUAUUACAAACUAGAAACCAUAUUUUUAUUUUUGUAUUAAUUAACUUGGUGAAUUACGAUAUUUAAGUAUAUAUAAUUUAUUUUUAAAUAGAGACAUAUGUACGUAUAUUGAUCUUCUGUAUCGUUAUAAAACUAAGCCAAAGCAUGGCGCAAGACAAUUCGACCAACUGCAGUAUUUGCGAUCAUUGUAAACCAAUGGACCCUACUGUUCCCGCUAUUAUGUUUAUAUUUGGUGUUGUUGGAAACAUGAUAGCAAUUGUUGUUCUUUGCAAGUCCAGAAAGGAACAGAAAGAGACUACCUUCUACACCUUGGUCUGCGGACUAGCAUUCACCGAUCUGUUGGGCACAAUUCUCGUCAGUCCGGUCACCAUUGCCACCUAUGUGAAAGGAUGUUGGCCAGGUGAGGACUCGCUCUGCGAGUACAGUGCUUUCAUUCUCCUCUUUUUUGGGCUGGCAGGACUUAGCAUAAUAUGUGCCAUGUCAGUUGAAAGAUACAUGGCUAUUAACCAUGCCUAUUUCUACAACCACUAUGUGGACAAGAAGCUGGCAGGCUUAACAUUGCUUGCGAUCUAUGUUUCAAACGUGCUGUUCUGUGCUUUGCCCAGCAUGGGUUUUGGCAAGGCUGAGAAGCAGUACCCUGAAACUUGGUGUUUCAUAGACUGGAGAAGCAACGUGAGCACCAACGCUGCGUUCUCUUACAUGUAUGCGGGUUUUAGUUCUUUUCUUAUUUUGACCACUGUUGUCUGCAAUAUCUUGGUCUGCGGGGCACUGAUCAGGAUGCACAGAAAGUUUGUGAGAAGGACAUCCCUUGGCACGGAUCAGAACAGGAUUGCAGAGUUUCGAAGAAGACGGAGUUUCAGACGGAUGGCUGGUGCAGAAAUCCAGAUGGUGAUCCUGCUUAUAGCCACGUCGGUGGUGGUGUUGAUUUGUUCCAUUCCGCUAGUGGUGCGAGUGUUUGUAAAUCAGUUGUACCAACCAGAAGUGGUGAAGGAGAUCUACAAAAACCCUGAUCUCCAGGCCAUUCGCAUUGCCUCGGUCAACCCCAUCCUGGACCCAUGGGUCUAUAUUCUCCUGAGGAAGGCAGUUCUCCUCAAACUCAUUGAGAAAAUCAAAUGUCUCUUCUGUAGAAUUGGGGGACCCGGUCAGCGAUCAGGUCACAAUUUCAACUGCAUAGACGGCCAGCGAACUUCCUCGGUGAUGUCUCGAGAUUCUCCUUCCCUUGUGUCUCGGGAGCUAAGGGAGUUCAGCAGCACAUCACAGACAUUUUUAUACCUUCCGGAGAACAGCGAGAACUUCCUUGGCAGCUGUAGGAUAGGGCGGGGGACAUCAGACUCUAGCACAGAAAGCUCUUCAUUAAGGGCUUUCCAGAGCUCUAAUUAUUUACAAGAGCAGGACUCAGAAAACAGGACUUCAGUAAAUCAAUCUGGUUCAUCUAGCUUUUUACAUUCAAGUAGUCGGCCCCCUUCUUAUCAAAAAACCCAUCCCCUCCAUGUGACUUUCACGGAUGAAACAUUGAACCUUCAAGAAAAAUGUAUAUAGCUUUGACAAAAGACAUUUACAAAAGAUGUAAAUAGAAAUGCUGUUUUCUAAAUGACUUCUUAUGAUGGUGUUUUUUCAGCAUCUUUUCUUGCUUCAUAUUUGUGUUAAGUUGGUCUAAUCAUUAUUACCAGCACUUAGUCCAAAAUGUAUGGUUAAGGUAUACCUAGGAUGUAAUUUAGGAGGGAAUCAUUUUAAAGUUGGACAUCAAACAGGGAGCUGCUCAGAACCUUAAUAAUUGAACAUUAGUAACAGCGUCAAAGGAGAUGUUUUUAAAUACCACUAUAUUUUGGCCUCUACCCCUUGUUAUGUGUUUUAUAGUCAAUGUUGUGUGUCACAAUGUGAUAUAAUGUGAAUUUCUGCUCCAUUCAGUAAUUAUGAAAGCACAGAUUACAUAUAAUUUAUUCUCCAUGAGAAGGUUUCACUAAGAGGAGCAUUAACAGGCUCUUGAAUUUCAAAAUCAGCUGCUGGCAGUUAGAAACAUAAACAUUUCAUGAUAGCAGUUGAAUUUAUUAAAGAAAAAUAGAAUUUUAUGUUUUCCAACAUUCUCAUUCAUCAAACAGGUGAUUAUCUUAAGAAUAUCAAAUAACCACAGUUAACUUACUACAAACAAGAAGUUGUUGCACCUCAAUAAUACAACACAUAGUGUCACUAUGUGUGCAAGUCAUUUAAUACUACUUUGAAAAUUAAGACUCCCCUUGUGUUCACUGUGCAGUUUAACCAUAUUUCAGAAUAGAAAUAUGUAGUGAGAUAUGUAAUAAGUCCUAGCAUUGAAAAAGUUUGCAAGGUUAAUUUGUCAUAUAAGCCUUCACUAACUUAACAGCUUUCAAGUAUUUGCUAUGGAACAGACGGGAUCUUUCUUUUUAAAGUGUUGUGUAGUUACAGCUUUGCUGUUCUGUAAAUAACAUGUACAUAGUUGUCCAUGGAUUUAUGCAUUUUUAUUAAAAAUGUUGCUGUUUGUUUAUGUGCAUUGCUUACAUUAAGUCACACAUUUUCUUCCUGAGCCUGAUUGUGUUGACUAAAAAUAUUUUUUAUUAAAAUAUAAAUGAUAAAAUCAAA